AUUGACAGAAUUUUGUAAACAUUUGUUUAGGUUGGCUGAGAUUUUUAUCAUUUUAUCAGAUUUAUCAAUAAAUCGAACAUGUUUUAUUUGUCGUAGUCGUAGGUUACAAUAUUUAAAGUCCAAAAAUUCUAUGAAAUCAAGUUGGCUGCUUAUUCGACAAUGUCUUAGUCCUUUUCAUUUAAAAAAUCUUUAGAUAGAAGUAAACAAUAGAGCUAAUUUCAAAAUGAAACUAUUUAUUAUUGUAACUAUUGCAAUAUUUUUGUGUGAACGUUCAUCCCUCGUAUCAUGUAGCAUAGGAGACAGGUCUAUGAUAUACAGGGAUUGCUUGAAUCGAUUUGUAAGAGAAAACUGUACUAACAAUGGUGUGUUAUUUAAAAGCAAUGCUCAAUAUAAACAGGACUUCUGGAGUAAGGUGUUGCAAUGGUCCUGCACAGAUGAGUGUCGCUACCAGUGUAUGUGGUUCACUGUGGAUGUCUUCCACAAAAAUGGAGAUGAUACUCCCAAGUUUUAUGGCAAGUGGCCAUUCAUUAGGAUGUUUGGUAUGCAAGAACCAGCAUCAGCCUUUGCAUCCGUGUUGAACUUACUAGCCAACGCAUAUAUGUUCAAACAGUUAAAGGAGUUGCGCAUCACCAAAGCUAAUCUCAGACCUUAUGUUAUAUUCUGGAAGACAUUUGCAAUGGUGUGCAUGAAUGGGUGGGUGUGGUCUACGAUAUUCCACAUGAGAGACACGGAUUUCACAGAGUUCAUGGACUAUGCGUGUGCACUGUCCAUGGUGAUGAUGCUGUUAGUCGCCGCGAUCGUAAGGGUGUUCUACUCGCGGAGUAAAGUAAUGAUGCUGGGGGCGCUGUCGCUGCCAGUGUUCUACUUCGUGAUGCACGUGCGGUACCUGUACUCCGGAUUUAUAAACUACGACUACAAUAUGAAAGUCAAUGUUUUCUUCGGAGUACUUGGGUCCGUGAUUUGGCUGGUAUUGUCCUGGCACCAAUGGACGGCACGGCGGCAGUACGCGUGGCGUAUGAUUGCGUUCACGGUGCUGUCUGGCGCGGCGCUCAGUCUCGAGCUGUUCGACUUCCCGCCCAGGCACGGUGUCUGGGACGCGCACGCGCUCUGGCACUUGAGCACGGCACCUUUACCAAUGUUGUUUUAUAGUUACGUGAUUGCUGAUCUACGGUACCUGGCAUCAAGUGAAUUGGACAAGUUUGCUUUCAAGAUGACGUGAGAUGAAGACCCUAUUUAUUAAUAGCUAAGUGGACACUGUGUAUACGUCACGCAGUCGAGAGAACAUAUCGCGCACGAUGGACCUCAGGAACCCUACAAUUCACAAGAUAAUCAUCAUUAAUCAGAAAUACCCACCAUGGCCCGAGAUGCAGUCGGUGCUCGACAAGAUGAGGAUGGC